GUCAUUACUGAUAAAGCUUCAUCUUUGUCUGAAUCAACCAAUAAACAUAUUAAUUUUCUAUUUUCAGUUCGUCAGAGAUUUUUCGGCUAUCAAUCUAUAGAUAAAACGAUUCACAUUAAUCAGAAUCAACUGAAAGUAAACCAAUAUUUUCAUUACCUUCCAAAAGAAAUGAAAAGAAUAUGGAGAAUGAUCAAGAUCAGAUGGAAUUAAAAUCAGUUGAAGUUUUUGAUCCCGUACAGAAACGCCAUUAUAGUGUUUUCGUUCCUGGAAAUUUAGAAAUACUUCAUUCAGAAGAUAACUUGGAAGAUGAAGAGGAACAAACUAUUAAUCAUGCCGAUAACUCCCAAGAACCUGCGACGACUUGGAGCCAAAACGAAACUCUCGCCUUAAUUAACAUUUUUUCUCUACACAAAGACAAAUUUAAGCAUUUCAAAAUGAAAAAGGAUCGAUGGAAGCUGAUAUCUAAAGAGUUAUCAAAAAUCGGGAUAGAUAAGUUACCUGUGAAAUGUGAAAUAAAAUGGCGUAAUCUUUUGAGAACUUACCGUACAUACAAAACAUCCGACAGAGCUCAAGGGAAAUUCGAAUUUUAUAAUGAAAUUAAUGAUAUAAUCGCUAAUGAUCCCCAAUAUAAGAAUCUAUUUGAGCCAAUAUACACCCCAAUAAAAAAUGAUAAGAUAAUUACUAAACCGACGGAAAUUAAACAGUUAAAGCAAGAUAAUACAUUUGAUAUAUCAAAUUUUCAAGUGAAAAGGAAAAGAUGUUUUUCUUGUAAAAGCGAAAAACAGAAAAGACACGAAGAACGUAUGGCACUUUUGAAGAAGAAACUAGAAUUGGAAGAAAGAAAAGUAGUAGCUUUCGAGGAUUAUAUUAAAUUUUUAAAAACCACACAUAAAACUACAUAGUAAUUAAUGAAAUAAAAAAUCGAAUUUUUGUAUUGACCAAAAAGUAAUUUGUUAAUAAUUUUAAAUUAAAAACGUGUUGUCUAAG